AUGGCGGUUUCCGUUCUGCAGCUACCGUCUACAACAUCGAUGUAUUCGUACUCGAUGCCGCUCGCGCUCACUAUGGCAGGCGGACCCGCCACCGAACUCCGCAAACGGACGACCAGUUUCUCAUCUCCCCCCACCGAUUCCACGCGACCAAGGAAACGACUUCAUCGUACAGAGAGCGUUGUGGAUCUUACUGUACUGGCCCGAACCACCUUACCACCAUACGCCACUCCACUCACAACCCCUUCACCAAUCCCUUACAACCGCACACUCAAGUUCUACAAAGAGCAGAAGGAUCGGAAGAAAGGGAUAAUACGACGCGAAAUUCAUCCUUCUCCGAGGUCGUGUGCCUCCAUUACUCCCCCUGUCCACCCCUCCGCAAAUCCAAUAUUGGAUCGGCCCCUGCGACUACCGUCCACAUCGCCCCUAGCUCAGAACGAUGGCUGUGCUAGAGCUAUGGUCCUUCCUAUUCCUCCCUCUUCAUUUUUGGCUUGUGGUCCGGCCCAUCCGCCACCUCCAAGCGCUCGAUCGAGAUCCAAGCCCAAGGCCCAGGCUGACUUACACCGUCGGGCUCUCACUGCGUGUAUGCGUGAGUCACCCGAAGGCGCCAAGAUUCUUCGGAUGGGUGCUCGGCUUGCAGUCGAAAUCAUGUCGGCCACGAAAGAGUUGGAGCGGCUGUGUGGGAACUCAGAGAACGACCUGCUGGGGGACGAGGAUGCCAUGGGAGAAAUCGACGAUGAAGUUGUUGCGGCAAUGGACGACAUUGACAUGGAAGAUGUUGUCCGAGAGCUUACGCCCGAGCCGGAACCUGUUAUGAGUGCAUCGUGGGUCGUUGUCGGCGGACAGCCUCUGCCUUGUGGCCGUGAAAUCGCGCCGCAGAGGGAGGACUGGGAAAUGGUUGUGGUUGAUUGCGUCGCAUGA